CACACGUUCACACACUUCAUCGGGGGCUUUUGACGCGAUCGCAAUGGUAUCGAAUCCGCAAUCCAUUGGUUUGCUCCUUAUACUAAGCGUGGGCUUGGUUGUGGGCACUCAAGAUGUUCCGGUUAUGACUGUGGUGGAAAUGAUCGAAUAUUGGGGAUAUCCCGUAGAAGAUCAUCAGGUCACCACUUCGGAUGGAUAUAUCUUAACCAUGCAUCGGAUUCCUGGAGGCAGAGACGAGGUGCAGGAUCCUGGGCAACAAGGCCAGAAGACCCCCGUGUUCCUCGGGCACUGUCUUUUGUGCACCAGUGCGGUUUUCGCGUUUGGGCCUCCCACCAAAUCUUUGGCUUAUGUCUUGGCUGAUGCCGGAUUUGAUGUGUGGAUGGGCAACACUCGGGGGAGCACGUGGUCCAAGAACCACACCACUUUGGACACUGGCAUGGGAAGUGAGGCGUUCUGGGAUUUCGGUUGGGACAAGACAGGACGUUUGGAUUAUUCGGCGGAGAUUGACUACAUUUUGGAGCAAACGAGUUUCGAUCAAUUGUUUGUGGUUGGAUACUCGAUGGGCGCCAGUCAAUAUCUUGUGUUACUCUCGGAAAUGCCUGAAUACAAUGCCAAGGUCAAGGCCGGCGUACUCAUGGGUCCACCGGCCUUCAUGGGUCAUGCCACCCACCCGAUUUUCUUGUUGGCCGAGGCCGCUGAGGAUAUCACGGAUCUCAUCCAUGAGUUAGGGAUCUACGAAUUCUUGCCCUCCUCUGAUCUGAUGCACUACAUCGCUCAUGAGGUCUGCGAUGACGAACAUCCGGUGGGUGCGAGUUUGUGCUCGAACCUUUUCUUCGCCUUCUUUCAAGUGAGCUAUUCUUACAUGAACGUGAGCAUGAUCCCGUUCUAUUUGGAUCAUUUGCCCGGAGGCACGUCCACCCAGACGUUCGUCCAUUACGCGCAACUCUUCUUGGACAAGGAUCGUUUCGCCCGCUACGAUUACGGACCGGUUCGCAAUCAAUUAGAGUAUGGCCAAGACACACCUCCGGAAUACGAUCUUUCCAAGGUGAGUGCUCCCACUGCAUUAUUUGUGGGCAACGCGGAUGAUCUGGCUGAUCCCGUGGACGCAGCCUUACUUAUGGACCGACUUCCCAACGUGAUUUACAACGAAAUUGUCGAUUUCGACGGAUGGAACCACUUCGAUUUCUUCGCCAAUAUGGAAACAGAUCGAGUGUGUCUUUUCAAGAUACGCGACCUCUUGCUUCAACUGAAUACUGAAUAAAUAGAACAUCAUCUAUCACACCA